UGCAAGCUUACCUCAAUGCAACAUGCUUGUGCAUUUUGUUCAUAUCGAAAUUUAGAUAAGUCGGUUGAGACGGCCCCGAACCGUCACUACGUACUUCAAGCGGAAAUUCAGUAUUGCCGUAGUUCCGGAACGCGUUGUGCAGCACCUGCCUGCGCCAGAUCUAAGCUUUACCUGACCUACCCUUGUCCGAGCCAUCAUUGGCGCAUCUUUAGCCUCACCAUCGCUUUCGUCGCCUUAUCCCAACACCAACUACAAUCUACAAUUUCAUCAUCCUCACCAUUCAUAAUAUACACUUCCUCCACUCCAUAAUCAUCGCAAAAAUCACCUUACCAAUUCCCGGGAGCUUGAAUUACGCCACACACGAUAACAUAUUCCCGCAGGGGCCCUAGCAACCAUGGCGCUCGACAACUACUACCACAACAAGAUCGAGGCGAUGAAGCUCGAGAUCCUUAAGGGCCAAGCCGUUCUUCGACGUCUGGAGGCUCAGCGUAAUGACUACAACUCGAGAGUGCGGUUGUUGAGAGAAGAAUUAGGUCUUCUGCAGCAACCCGGAUCGUAUGUUGGUGAAGUGGUCAAGGUGAUGGGAACGAAGAAAGUAUUAGUGAAGGUACAUCCAGAAGGCAAAUAUGUCGUCGACGUUUCCGACUCCGUAGAUAUAGCAAAACUUACCGUGGGCAAACGAGUAACGCUCCUAUCCGACUCCUACAAACUCGAGAAGAUCCUUCCGUCCUCCGUCGACCCCCUCGUAUCCCUCAUGAUGGUGGAGAAGGUGCCCGACAGCACGUACGACAUGAUCGGUGGUCUAGAUCAGCAAAUCAAAGAGAUCAAGGAAGUUAUCGAGCUCGGCCUGAAGCACCCCGAACUCUUCGAGUCUCUCGGUAUCGCCCAACCAAAAGGUGUCCUUCUCUACGGUCCUCCCGGUACCGGAAAAACGUUACUAGCCCGAGCCGUCGCACACCACACCGACUGCAAGUUCAUCCGAGUAUCCGGCUCCGAGCUCGUGCAAAAGUACAUCGGCGAGGGCUCCCGCAUGGUGCGCGAGCUCUUCGUCAUGGCGCGCGAGCACGCGCCCUCGAUCAUCUUCAUGGACGAGAUCGACUCGAUCGGGUCCUCGCGCGUGGAAGGGUCGUCGGGCGGCGACUCGGAGGUGCAGCGGACGAUGCUCGAGCUGCUCAACCAGCUCGACGGCUUCGAGCCGACCAAGAACAUCAAGGUGAUCAUGGCGACGAACCGGCUCGACAUCCUCGACCCGGCGCUGCUGCGCCCGGGCCGCAUCGACCGCAAGAUCGAGUUCCCCCCGCCGUCCGUCGAGGCCCGCGCCGACAUCCUGCGCAUCCACAGCCGCAAGAUGAACCUCACCCGCGGCAUCAACCUGACCAAGAUCGCCGAGAAGAUGAACGGCUGCUCCGGCGCCGAGCUCAAGGGCGUCUGCACCGAGGCCGGCAUGUACGCCCUGCGCGAGCGCAGGGUCCACGUCACCCAGGAGGACUUCGAGCUGGCCACCGCCAAGAUCCUGAACAAGCACGACGACAAGGAGGUCUCGCUCCAGAAGUUCUGGAAAUAAAAGCUUGCCGCUUUUUGCUUUGGGACACGGGGUGUAUGUGUGGGUGUGUCUGGUUCCGUCUUCCGGAAUGCUGCGUCGCAACGGGCUUGGGCUUCGGUGUGGUGCCGGGGGCUGGGAUCGAUAUGGCGACGGCUUUGCGGGGUCAGAGUCCAAGACACGACUAUUUUAUAAAGUGUACAUUAAUCCUAGAAGCGGCGCGAGACGGGCAAAGCUAAUACAUUGAGGUCUUGCCAUUUCUAGGCAAAUAUGUG